AUGCCUAAAUACAAUACAAAAUAUACAACUGUAUCAGGAAGAGACAAAAUAUGUACAAUAUGGGCUUAUGUAUUUCUAUUCAAUUGGUCUGGGGUUGCUGGUUUAUUGAGCUAUUGUGGAUCCUCUCGUUCUUCCUCUUGUAGCCCCUCACAAGCUGGAGGUCAAGUGAAAUCCGGACCCAUUGGAGGAUCCCUCAACAACAGAAGUGUUGUAUUCAUUGGAGGACCUCCAGAAGGAACUUUACUGUUGCGUCCCUUGCUAGAAGAGGUGAAUCCGGAGCUAAUGAAGGCAUUUGGUUCUUCCUCUCCAUGGGGAAGCAAGUGUUGA